UUUCCUACAAUUAUUAUGUCUGAUAAAUGCGGAAAGUGGGAACAUUUUGCCUUGUGGUAACUUGCAAAUUGUUUGAUAUUCAAGAAAUUUUCAAAAAAUUUACUAACAGCUUAUGUUAUUUAAUGAAUAAAGAAGGUGAAAAUAAAAUAUCAGUGAAAUGUACAUUGGUAUGUGUUCCCGUACUAGACACAGUGAAAUGUCGACCAAUCGGUGACGGGAGUCACGAAAUUUGUUUCGAUAUUACUUAAGAUCAAAUAAAAACAAUAACAUGUGACUAUUUGUGGUUGAUUUGUAUGUAAAGUGAUCUAGUUUCCUUUCGUAAAUUAAUUGAAUGAAAUUAUUGCGUCGAAUGCUGUCCAAUGGAUUCCGAUUCAGAACAGAGCUCGAAUAUCCAGAUAAAAAAUGAGAAGACGAAAAAAAUGGAGACAGUAAGUACAGACCUGACUUUGGACCAAGUAUCCAAACAAGUCAGCAAAUUGGAUGUGGACGACGGCGGCAAUGGGUCUGGAAGUUCGACAGAUAGUGAAGAUUUGGUUAACGCUAUUAAUUAUAACACGAUAACAUCUUUAGCGGCACUAAAAGACAUUAUUCAAGGAGAGAAUGACACUCCCGAAACUGAUAGUUUCUUCCAGCAUUAUUUUAUGAACCAUUGCAACAAUCUUUCAAGUCGUAACACUAAUUCGCCAUUUCCGUUUGUGGAGAGGCGACGCCUAUCUCAAUGUCGCGAAGAAGAUGAGGACGAUGAAAAAAAGAAAGAUACGUCAGACGUACUGAGUAAAGCUUGGCUAGCUCAUAGGAGUACAGAUAACACAGAAAAUGAUAUACACACAAGUAAAAAGCAAUCCCAGGAUGAAGAUUCUUCAACUGAUGAGCGGGAAUCUUCUAAGCGCACUGUAAUGGGAGCAAAACACAAAUUCUUAGUGACCACUGCUGAAGCAGCUCCACUUCCGCCAGCACCACAGGUUGAAAAAGCUAUUCGUUCACAAGUUCAUAACGCUCAUACAGUACACUUUGGUACGAAAGGAGUAGAAGAGCAAAGACGAAGUGUUCGAUCCAUUUUUGCUGGGGAGAACCUUCACCGCGAUAAGAAUUAUUUUGACAGUAGUUUAAUAGAAAUAAGAUCAACGGUGGACGGUAUACCGUCAAGCUCAGAAGAUAUUUGGGUGAUGCGAAAGGAAGAAUUAAAGAAAGAAGUUGGCAAGCCCAAGUCUAAGGUAGUCGAUCCGCUCAAACAAUCUGUAGAAGAUAAGCUAGACAAGAAAGAAGCGAAUCGGAACCGAUCUGGAACUUGGGGAUCGCAGGCUUCAUAUAAGGAAAUCGAAGCUGCGAAGAAAACAAAUCUUAAAAAGGAAAAAGAAAGAAGAAGCAGUGAUGAGAGGCGACAAAAACGAGACCAGCGUUUGGACGCAGCUAUCACCCGCAGCUCACAAUCGGUUGGCGAACGCAAGCGUCGAGGAUCUGCUGACGAUGGACAGGCUGAUCAACUAUAUCAACAAACUAUACACGGUACAAGUGGAGUAAGCAGACGACCUGCCUUGUUUGAUAUUUUCAAAUCACGUCCUAAGGGAGAUGCAAAGCGACACAUGUCUAUAAUGCAACAAUUCAAGUCAACUGUUCAGAAUAUGACGAAAUCAGGUGGCGGGCCUAAGGAGGGGCAGAAAACCGAGGCAGGAGAACAAGACACUGGAUCUACUUCGCCCCAUCUACACGGUUCCGACUUUAUGCCUGGAGGAGGCCAGAAAAAUGAGAAAACAGGCUCUGAUACCAGCGAAUUGUCAACGGGACCUAACUCUACUAGUACAUCAUCAACACAGCAAGGCAGUGACGCAAUGUACGCUCAUACGUUGCGUCCGGAAUUGUUGUAUAGGCGACAAAGUCCAAUUGCAAGAGUACUCGACAUCUUUAGAGGCAUGACAUCAGCAAAUCCCCAGCCCGAACAAGUUCAUCAGAAACGUCGAAUGUUGAUGAAGCGUCAAUAG